AUAUCAAAACAUUGCAAAGACUUUAAACAUUUGCUCUUAGUUUAAAACUAAACAUUUCUUUUUAUUUUUGUUUUCAUAUAUAAUUAUUUAUUUAUAAAUUUUUAAUAUUCUCAAUGAUAUAUAAUGAUGCGAUUUCAGGAUUAUUUUUAAAGAGAAUAUAUUGAUUUUAAUUGAAAUUACAGUACUUUUAUAUAACAGCUGAAUAACUUCAUUCCAAUUAUUGUAAACUUAUGGAGAAUGCAGAUAUUCUUCUAGUUGCUGCAGAUAUAUUAAGUGAAUUUUUAGAAGUAGCAAUUCAUAAUAUUCUUUUUGUUUGCAAUGUUUAUCCUGCUGAAGCAUUUGAAAGACGAAGAAAAUAUAAUGUGCCUGUUCAGAUGUCAUUGCAUCCAGCUGUAUGUGCUUACAUAACAAACAGUAUAACGACCAUUCAUAAAUUGCUGAAGAAAAAUGAAAUAGAAAAAAUAGUCAUUUCAAUUCUAAAUUGCAAAGAUAAACCAUUAAAACAUUUUGUUUUUGAUAUUGAUAUUCCUUCAGAUAAAGAAUUACAGAAAGACUUUAGCUUGAUUGAUGUUGAAAUGGCAUUAAGAGCUUUAUGCUUAAAAAUUAAUAUAUCCGAUGGAAUUUUAGAAUCAAAUUCUGAUGAAAAUACAUUCAGAAUAUUUGUACAUACCAAACAGAUGACUGCAAUUUCUUUAGCAGUUUCUGAUGAUAAUUCAGCACAGGAAUUUCCUUGGAUUGAAGCAGAAUUUGAUCAAUCUGAUGUUGAAAAUGGGGUUAUUGUACCUAUAAAGACUGCUGAUACAGAGAUAGCCAAACUUCAGUUUUAUGUUGUGGAAAAAGAAUAAUUUCAAGUACAAGACUUGUGUAUACUUAAAAAAUACUGUACAUGUGUUAUGUAAUGAACACUGAAGAUAGAAAUUUUGUAUUUAUAAAUUCAAUAAAUUUUUAUAAAAUGUUUGCAAGUCA